ACAGGGGCAGAAUGGAAAUUAAGAGAUUGAUCCAUUUAAACUCAAUGGACUGAUUUCCAAACACUUUGUGAAAUCAUUCAGUAUUCAGUAAACAGAAAUGCAGUAGCAGGCAACUCAAAGAGUAUAAAAAGGAAAAUGCAAAGUAGAAUUCUGGGUUAUGUUUGCUGUUAGCCGGUCCUUUGAACUUGUGUGAACAUCAGAAGUGAAUAUAACUUUUCCUGAUGACACCAACUCACUUUCAGCUUUAUUUCAAAGUCAGAUUGUACAAACACAAUAUUUAAUGAUCCUGAGAACACAUUGUUUCCUUGUGGAUUAAAUCACCCGGCAGUAUCAAACAGCUCUGAAGUGCAGGACGCCUUCAAACAAUCACAGAGCUGGUAUUUCUGCACAGAGGGUAUUUUGACUCAUGCAUGUCAAAGGUAGAAAUAUUUGGCCUGUCACUGUGAGCUAAGUUAUUUCCUGGAAAAUCACCUUCAGUGACCAAUUGUUGCACUUAAGCAAUUCUCCAGACGUGAAGUGCUUGACUGAUGACUGAUGGAUGUUGUUGAAAGACCAGACACACCCUGAGAGCUGUGUAUAAAGAGAGAGGAGCUGAACACCUGCAGUAUCCAGCAUCGGACUGCAGCUUCUUCACUCACUGAAGUUUAGCCACAGACGACCUUCAUCAUGACUCCUGUCGUGCUCUUCCUCCUCUUUGCCUCGCUGAGUGCUGUCCCUACGCGGGCGGCUGAUGAUGAGCUCCUGACAGAGUCUUCCUCAGAUGUCUCACAGACCAUCUCGAAAGUCAACGCUGGGAUAAAGACCAAACUGAUACACGGAGACAUUUUGCCUUCUUUGAGCAGGAAUGCAGACUCCUGCACUGCAAACGGCUGCAAGUGGCCUAAAAGUGGAAGGUUUGUCUACGUACCCGUCGCCAUCUCAUCCUCAUACACAUCAGAGGAAAGGAACAUCAUCAUCAGAGGCCUGCUGUCCUUCCACUCGAGCACCUGCAUCCGCUUUGUCUGGAGACGCCGCUCACAUCGCAACUACAUCUACUUCUACUCUGGAGAUGGGUGUUUCUCCUACCUGGGCCGUCAGAACCGUGGACAGCCCAUCUCCCUGAGCAAGAGAGGCUGUUUGUACUUGGACACCGUGCAGCACGAGGUUCUCCACGCUCUGGGAUUCCACCACGAACAAGUCCGCUCUGACAGAGACUCAUUCGUCUCCAUCAUCGAAGAGAACAUCCAGCCAGGAGCAGAAUCACAGUUCAGGAAGGAGCAGACCAACAACCUGCAAACUCCAUACGACUUCAACUCUGUCAUGCAUUACAGCAAUUUCGCCUUCUCCAGAAACGGUCAGGCCACCAUCGUUGCAAAAAGCAACCCCAGCCUGAUGUUCGGACAGGCCUCAAGAAUGAGCCAGAACGAUAUUGACCGUGUCAAAAAGCUUUACCAAUGCUAACCGGUUAAUGGCUGACGGAAAGGACGGACUAAAGGCUGACACACCGACACUUCAAAACCACAAACACCUCUCCUGAAUAUAUGACAUGAAUAAAAGAAGGUCACACCUGUGCAGGGACUUCUACAACACCUGCAGGCUGAAGUAGUCAGCCUUCAUGCAGUGUGUAGAACCGUCAGAGCCCCCUACUGGAGGCGGACAGUACUACAACUCAUGCUGAGCUCAGACGCUGCAGCUGUGACCUGUAUUUAACAACUUACACCUCUCACUUCCUUAAUUUAAACUUUAUGAUUUCAUGGUGGUUUUACUGAGAAGGCAUCUUUAUAUGAUUAUACACAAUCUAAUUGGAUGAAACAACACUAGAUGUGAGAUAGAAUAAUCUGAACUACCUCCUAACAGAGCCCUCUAAGUCCACAUCACUCCUUAUUUGUAUUUCUUUCCUUCUUUUCUUCAUCCUGCAUUUUAAUGCAUCAAUGAAUGUCUUGUUCUAUCAUUUAAAAAUAAACAUAUUGAAUGAA